AUGCAGAUCAAUGGCAAAGCUUUCGCGCUCAUUUGCGCUCUCACUUUCACUCCCACCUGGGUCGCGGCUUCAUUGAGGACCAACGACGAUGACGGCGCAAUCUACCCCUCCGAUGUGAUGGAGGAGCUCGCAGUCCUCGAGAUUGCACACAGCAAUGCUCGUAGAGUAGCGAAGAUGCUUCUUCUGCCAAAAGACUAUAUCGCUCGAAUCGAGCCGAUCAACCACAAUGUCGUGCUCGGCUCCCUUUUGCGCCUCAACUCGCGCGACGCUCGCUACAUGAUCGAUUACCACCACUGCUACCCUCUGCAUCGAUCGUGUCUGCUCAUAUCGCCCUACGCUGUUGUAGAAGAGGAUCAUGAAGGCAGGCCACAGCAAGAGAAGGUGAUUAUGAUGUUGAUCGCCGAAGAGGGACAUCCAAUUGAGCCUAUCGGAUUGGUCUACCUUCCAUCUGGCGACAGGUUGAACGUAUGGAACUGGUUAGACGGGAUCGCGUCAGAGACCAAGUACAGCCUGGAACGGCUGUUACCGGAUGGACGUUUCAUCUUUCCCAAUUUCGCCAAUCUUUGA